AUGCCCAUUCUUGUGGCUCCAGUUAGUGCUCUACGGCAUCAGAUGCCUCCUAGUUUCCCCUGGGGUAUGCCUUCUCACUUUGUGCCAGAAGGGUAUCCACCAGUUUUUGAAUUUCUCGUGGCUCAACCGAUUAUGUAUGUACCACCUCCUAUGAUUCCGCAUAAGUUCAAAGUUCCAGAUUUUGAGAAAUAUAAGGGUAACUCUUGUCCUUUAAGUCAUUUGCUGAUGUAUGCUCGCAAGAUGUCGACACAAACUGAUAAUUAUCAAACGUUGAUUCAUUACUUUCAAGAUAGUUUGAUUGGUGUUGCUUUGAAGUGGUACAUGGGACUUGAUAGCACCCAGAUCCAUACUUCAAACGAUCUAGGUGAAGAUUUUGUUAGUCAUUACAAAUAUAAUGUUGACAUGGCACCGGACCGAGAUCAACUUUGUGAUAUGUCCCAAAAGGAUAAGGAAAAUUUCAAAGAGUACACACAGAGAUGGCACGAGAUUUCCACGCAAGUCAAUCCUCCGCUAGAAGAGAAAGAAAUGACAAAGCUAUUUUUGAAGACGUUGGGUCCGUUUUACUAUGACCGAAUGGUUGCAGGCGCUCCCAAUGAUUUUACCGAGAUGGUAAACAUGGGAAUGAGACUAGAAGAAGGUGUUUGUGAGGGACGAUUGAAAGAAAGUGGUUCAUCUGAAACUUCUAUAAGGUAUGGGAAUGGUUUGCCCAAGAAGAAGAAACAUGAUGCUAAUGCUAUUUUGCAAGAGAAGCGUAGUAGAUCUCCGAGAAGCAAUCAACGUCAUCAACAUGUGGCAUAA